UUUUCCUUUUAAAUUUUAUUUCUGCUCGGAUUUCCUCAACUUUAAAAAUCUUUGAUGAUCUCCGACUUCGUCACAUUGAUACUAUGUUGCCCUAAAUGGGCCAUAGAUAGUUCGUUUUUCUUCGAAUUUCCGAUCGACCUCAACUUCCCAAACGCAGCUUUUUAAUGGGUUCUAUGCUCGGUGACUUGCCUUCAUUCGAUCCUCACAAUUUCAGCCAACUUCGACCAUCUGAUCCCUCUAAUCCUUCUAAGCUAAUGCCUGCUACUUAUCAUCCUACUCAUAAUCGGACAGUUCCACCGCCUAAUCAAGCAGUUAUAUCAACUGAAGCCACAAAUAUUCUUUUGAGACAGUUCUAUCAACAUUCUGAAGAAAAGUUAAGGCCCAAGAGAGCUGCCUCUGAAAAUCUAACUCCAGAACAUGGGUUCAAGCAGCCUAGGGGUUCUAUCCCAGAUGAAUCUUCCAAUUGAGCUUCUCAGCCAAGUAAAAUGUCCCGGCUGCCCUUACU